AUGGAGCACUACAAACUGACCUCUCAGUCGUCAGAGCGCCAGAAGUCGCCAUCCAAUGACUUCCCAUCACUCAUGGAUUACUCUCAGUUUGCCGCUCAGAGUUUUCUUCCACUGUCUACACCUUUGGCCCCAAUUACGCCGCUCGCGCUCACUCUGCCUCUCAUCUACGGCCAAACCUCUAAGCCCAGAGCUUCCGCUGAUGGCAGACCAUUCAAUAUCAGCGGGGAUUUCGGACCGAGGCGCAAUCCCGAGAUAACCAAGGCUCAAUUCACCAGCGUGGCGCUGAAGGGAUGCGAGAUCGCAGAGAAGAUCCUCAAUAAUCACAAGAAUCGACCAUGCUUCAAGAAGAUUGAUAGCCUUUGCGCGCGUCUCAAGCUGGACGUCUUGCGCACAGACAGCGUCCUGGCCAACAUCAAUUCCCAGGGAAUCGCGUGGGCUGUGAAAGACAUGAUCUUCACCUUUACUCGCAUCAUCAAUGCCUGGAACAUUAUGAAGGGCUACAUGUAUGAUGUUCAGCCCGGCCUCAAGAAAGUCAAGGAGUCCUGCUCCGAGGACUUUGACGAGAGCUUCAACCGGUGGGAAGAAGCGAGCCUGGCUUUCCUCAAGGAACUCGUGGAAUCCUACGAGAAGCUGGAUCACAUGGUUCAGACACAGAAGAGUCGCCACGGUUCGAACGGCAAGAGAGAGGAAGAGAAGCCGAAGCAAGGCAACUCCUCGCAUCAAUCCCAGGAUGAGAUUUCUGAUGUCUUUUCACAGAUGAGUCUCUUCCAAAUGAUGCAAACCAGUGCUGCCGAUGGCGGAGGAUAUAUGCGCACUGGAGUUUACAAUUCUCUCCAGACAACCGCCUCAAGCCAGCAGAUCAAUCCAGAUCAGCUGCUUCAGUGGGAGCAAAGCGUUUUCUCGCAGAGAAAUCCCACUCCUGUCGCGGCAGAAGCGCCCGUAAAGCUUCUAUCAAAGCCUCUUCACGAAGAACUGACUGAUGACAAAGCGAAGUUCGCCGGGGACUCUGAGCAGAUGCUGAUCCUGAUCUUGCUCUCCAAACUCUAUGAGAUGAAGGAUGCUUCGCUGUUCUUCAACAAGCACUUUACGAAGAAUUACGUCCCAGAUUACGUGGCGUCGGCUUUCUCUUGCAAUGAUAUAAAAACAAUCAUGAUGAGUAUCGAGAAGCACAGCUAUUUGACUUUGAUGACGAUUGUCAAGGAUCUCGCGGCAAUCAUCUAUGAUGCAAAGUCUUAUGUGAAGGAGCAUCCAGAGAAUGAUUUCUUGGCUUCUAACACCAGAGCUUUUGAGAACGAGUUGAAAACUAUUCUGGGCGAGAGUGUUUUCUCCAAUUUCAACUUUGAUGAGUUUUUCAUUGAUCCCUGAAGAAUAUUGUGAAUUGAAGAAAAAAAAACAAUAUUUCUUUCAUUUCUCAUUUUAAAUAAUAAUCACAGAACUUGUUAAAAUUCCUUGAAUUUGUUUAAAGAAAUUUGUAUUAUAUUGAAAUACUUCUGUAGAUAAAUAAUUGUAAAUUUGAAUUUUAAUA